GCCGGGGCCGCGGUGGGCGGGGCCCGAGGCGGGCGCAUUUAAAGAAAGGCAGAGGGCGAAGGGAGGCUAGAGAGGAGAAGAAAGGAACCGGGGGGCCCGGCGCCGUCCAAUGACAAAGCCCAGGGGUGGGCGCCGGCCGCCAUCUUGUACCGGGCGGCAGGAUAUUCGCCCGCGUCUUCCGCCCUCGGAGGGGGAGGGGCGGCGGCCGAGGCGAGAAAAGUAGCGAGAGCGGCGCCGGCCCGGAGGCGCCAGCAGCGGCGGCCGCCGCGGAGCCGGACGCGGGCGGGAGGGCCGAGGGCGGAGGGCCGAGGGCGGAGGGCGGGCGGGGGCGAGCGCGGGCGGCCCCGAGCGGCCCCGAGCGGCCCCGAGCGGCCCCGAGCGGCCUCCGAUGCGGCGCAGCGUCAAGAGGCGGCGGCGCCGGCCCCCGGCCGCCCCGGCCCCGGCCGCCCGGGGCGGCGGCCUUCGGGCCGGAGGAGGGGCCGAGCCCGAGGCGCGGGAGGAGAAGGUGGUGUACUCGCGGUCGCAACUGUCGCUGGCCGACAGCACCGAGACGCUGGGCGACGCCUUCAAGCUGCUGGUGCCCCGCAGCACGGAGUUCAUGAGCUCGGACGCGGAGCUCUGGAGCUUCCUCUGCAGCCUCAAGCACCAGUUCUCGCCGCACAUCCUGCGCAGCAAGGACGUCUACGGCUACGCCUCCUGCCGGGCCCUGGUGCCCGACCCGCCGCCGCCCCCCGCCGCCCGCCGCCACUCGCGCGGCCCGGCCGCCAGGAGGAGGCGCCGCGGAGCCCGGCCGGCCGCCGCCGCCCGCCGGAGGAAGCCGCCCCCGCCGCCGCCGCCGCCGCCGCCGCCGCCGCCGUCGUCCCCGCCGCCGCCCGCCGCCCCCGGGCCCUGCUUCGGCGGCCGCAGCCUGGAGGAGAUCUGGAGGGCCGCCACCCCGACGCUGACCACCUUCCCCACCAUCCGCGUCGGCGGCGACGUGUGGGGCGAGCGCAGCCUGGCGGCGGCGCGGCGCCGGGCGCGCCAGGUGCUGCGAGUGAACCUGGAACCCGUGGUGAGGCUCCGCCGCUUCCCGGUGCCCCGGGCGUGAGCCGCGGCCCGGCCCCGAGCGGCCGCCCAGUGACAGUCGAGUGUUUACAGACCCGGCCCGGCCCGGCCCGCGUCCCCUAGUGCACUUUACGGGCGGGGGAGCCCCCGAGGCGCCCUGCCGGCCCGUGGCUCCAGGCGCCCGGCGCCCGGCUCCCGGCGCCCGGCCCGGCAGGUGCGCGCCCGCCGCCCCCCGGGCCGCCCCCCGGGCCGCCCCCCGGCGGAGGACCCAGCAGGACCCGCGGCGGAGCCCCGGCCUCCCAGCCCCGCGUGGAGACGCCUCCAGGACGCUCGGGGCGCAUCCGUUUUUUCCCUCCCCUUUCGGACUCUCUACCUCACUGGUCUGGAAGUCCUCCGAACUCAUUCUUCUUCUUCUUUUUUUUUUUUCCCCCGAAGGAAUUUGGUUUCGCGCUUGUGUAAUAAAGCUAGAAUUUACUUGCUGUCCAUCCAUCCGCCUUCCCGCCCCCCCCCCACCCCCCCACCUCUUCCCACCCCAACCUUUUUUUUUUUUUUUCUUUUUUCCUCUUUUCUUUCCUUGUCGGGACUGCCAACCCCUCUUUCUGGAGGAAAGAUCGACUGUGUUUUCAGAGGUGUUGCACCAGUCUGUGCUCAGGGUAUUCUGAAUCCCACUCGUUUCCGCGUUUCAACUGGAUUCCAAAGCUUUGACCAAGGAUAUUUUUCUAGGGAAUUCAAGCUACGACUGUCAGUAGUGUAAGGAUUUGUAUGGCUUCGAAUUUCGUGGGCUCAGUGACUACAAACAAAGAGCUGCAAAGUAUGACUGUUAAGACAUUUUUUGUUUUUUUGGUGAGCGUUUCUAAAAGAUUUUUUAUAUUGAGACUUAAUGUUUAUAUUUACUGAGCUCCUAAAGGAAAGUGGUAGAAACUCGUGAAGUUUUGUUUAGGAAAAGUUGACCUGUUAAAUCCUUUUUAAUCGAAUAAAAUUUAAAGUGCACUGAAACCACAUGGCUUGUGAUUGAAAACAAACAACAGAAAAUGAAUGAAUGAAUGAAUGAUUCUAAAGAACUGGUGUUGGUUAAAGAGAUGGAUGGAAUCCGACUGCAAAUGAUUUGGCCUCCUUGUACUCGUCUCACAUACCGACCUGGGACCAUUUCAAGGAUAAUUUAUUUUAAAGUGGAAUUCGCAUAGGAAAAAUGAGUAGGUGUAAACGCUGCGAUUAAAAUGCUACACGGAAUACCCAUUGGGAUUCUCAAGUAUUCAUGAUCCAUCCAGAGGGGUGAGGCAUUUCUUGGUAUCAAAUAACUGGUCGAAGUUGACUUUGGGCAAAAUAAGAUUUUCCUUCCUUGCUUUUGUUGUUGGAUAACAAGAAAUGUCCAGAUUACUAUCCAUCACUCUUAAAAACAUCAUAAUUCGUUGACCGUUGUACGCCAUGAAUUUUCCUUUAUUACUUUUUUUUUCCUUUUCCAUUCGUAAUUAUGUUUGCAGUUAUUGGUCUUUUGUUUGACAGCCGAGAAAACCACAGGAAUCGAACAGGCGAGCCACACAGAAUACUGACCCUUCUUUUACACUUUUGUAAUAGUGUUUAUACCAUAUGGCCCAGUGUGGAAUAAUGGAUAAUCCAAGUGCCUUUGGUCAUUGGUGGCAGCAAGACUUUGAUGGUUUUUAGCCAGUGGUGCCACAGCCAGAUUUUACUGCAAUAUCUAAAGGGUCAAGUAGUGACUUUGUACCACUGUUAUUGCAAAUUUAAGUAUUCUGCUAUGGAACCAUCCAUACCAGGCUGGAACAUGACCUAUGAAAUCUUCAAUGUCAAGGUUUCUUUCUGCUUGGCAGCUUCUUAGGGGAAUAAUGAGAGUUGCGAUUUUGACUCUUGUGUUUUUAGAAUUCAAAUGGCAUAGCUUUCUGAGAUGAAUUUUUCAAGUUUAAUAGUUAACAGUAGCAGUUUUGUGACUUUAAUUUCAGUGUUCUUGUUUUGUAAAAAAAAAAAAAAAGAUCUAUAUAUAUAUAUAUAUAUACAUACAUAUAUAUAUAUGACUUUAUGCCAGUUUCCCAGUAAGCCUCAUAUUCUUUUAUUCACUACUCAAUGAUAAUGUGUUGUUACAAAUACUGUCACAUGAGUAAAUAAAAGUGAAUAAUUACUUAGAAGAUGGAGAGUGUUAAAUUAUAUUUGUGUGAUAGGAAGCUUAUAUAUAUUCUUUUGGUUAUUAGCUUCCAUUGCCAACUGUACUUAAAUGCAUAGGGUUUUCCUCCCCUCUUCCCAAAUUGUUAACUUUUUUAGCUGAUUAGCACCCGAGAAAAAGAAUAUGUAUUUGUACCACUUCACUAUUGUAUAUAAUUUUAUAAUAAGUAAAAAAAAAAAAAUAAACCCAAUGGCCAUAUUAGAAUGUAAUUUCAACACAGAGCCUAUCUAGAGAGGUUCCCAGAUGAUUUUGAAAUUAGGUGUAGCUGGGGGGAUAACUUUGCUCAGCACAAAAUUGAAACGUAACCAUUGACACCAUGCAUUUAUUUUAACUGAGAAUCUUAUUUUUUUUCCUCUUAUGCCUUCCUCAUUACUUUAGUGCGCUUAAACUUGCAUAAAUACUUUGGAUUAUCUGGGCUAUCUGGUUUCGGUUUGGAUAUGAUUGCCCAUCCUAAAUUCAAUAUGUUAUUUAUCUGGCCUGUUAAAAAAUCAUGCCAUUUCUAGUUUGUGAAAUAAGAUGUAAAAAAAUCUUUAUUUUUGCCAAGUUGUCUUUACCAAAACCUUGCUAAAGUUAGUUGUUUUACGACUUAUAAAAUGUGAAGAAACAACUAAUAUAGUUGAUUAGUAUAUUAAUAGGAGAAUGGAAGUAUUUUAUGGAUACGCUUGGGGAGAAUGUGAAAAGGAACUUGGCACGGUGGCCUUUAUGGUGAGGCAUUCAGUUACUGUCUUCUAAAGUGAGUCCGUAGCUUAGCUUGUAUAUAGCUUUUUUUUUUUUUUGAAAGAAAUCCCAUAAUCUUUAUUCAUUCUCUUACCUUUAUAUCUCAUAUGGCACAAGUAAAGGGGGAAAGUAGGAGGAAGAAGUUUAUCACCUUGUUAUGCUUUUAUUUAGUCUUGAGUGCCUAAAUGUGGUGACCGGCACCUCAGAUAACCUUUUCAAUUCCUAAUGUCCUUAUUAUCCUCCUUCUUGUCAACCAGCAGCUUCUUUUUCUUUACCGAAUCCAGUAACGUUACGAUUGUUGAGGGCAAGCUUCAUUGUUGUUAGUGCAAAGUGUCACUGUUGUGGUGUGUAUUUAUUUUGUCCAAGUUUGAGUACCUGAUUGGACAGGUGUAAGUUAAACUGGUGGCCGACACAUAACUGAUUUGCUGUGUGCAAACAAUAGUACUAUUUUUCUGGAAACUGUUCCGUAAAAACACAUGGAAAAUAUUUGAAUAUGAAAAAAACCCAGGCAAUUUUGAACUCAGAAGUUUUUCUUUAUUUAAAGGAUUGCCACAGCACUCUUUAAAUUGGUGUUUUUUAAUACACAUAUAUACAUAAUAUUUACUUUGUUGGUGUGUUUAAAAUAAUUUUUGGUAGACUGUUAUGUCUUAAGUGCAUUAGAAGGCAAUUGUUUGUAAUGGAACUGAAUUGUUUUCUUGGACAGUUUGAUGUGCGCAUAUGAUUAAGAUUUGCAAUCUGGUUGUACUUUUUAAUUUAUUAACUGUAAAUAAAUUUUAGAGAAUAUA